ACGAGCGGCUCAAGGAGAUUUUUAAUUGCACAGCAUGUGGACAGCAAGUCAAUCACUUUCAGAGAGAUUCUGUGCUUCAACAUCCCGCACUACAUGUUCUUAUCUGCAAGUCGUGUUUCAAAUAUUAUAUGAGUGACGAUAUCAGCAAGGAUGAAGAUGGAAUGGAUGAGCAAUGCAGGUGGUGUGCAGAGGGGGGUAAUCUGAUGUGCUGUGACUACUGCAGCAAUGCCUUCUGCAAAAAGUGUGUUUUGAGGAACCUUGGACGAAAAGAGCUGUCUGAAAUCAUGAAUGAAGAAAGCAAAUGGCACUGCUAUGUGUGCCGCCCAGAGCCGCUGCAGGACUUUGUUAAAACCUGUGAGAAGAUUUUGCUCAAUCUGGAAUCGUCUUAUAGAAAGCCCAAGGGAGACGGAGACAAGACGAAGCGCGAAGAUCGUAAACACAAGCAUGGCAAACGAGAAAAAACUGCUGUAAAUGGACAGGAUUACGCCUCUGACGGAGCGGGAUCGUUAUCCUUUUCCUGUAAGACGUUGACGGUUCCGAAAGAGCUCGUCAAGAAGACCAAAAAACUCAUCGAGACCACAAACGGUUUGAAUCGUACUUUUGUACAAUUCCUCCAGCACACGUCUAAAGGCCGUGAAGUUGGCGCCGUAAGUAAUAGACACUUAAAGGCCUUCAAAUCGGUUUUGGCCGAUCUGAAAAAGGCCCACGUGGCUCUGGAGGAAUCACUCGAAAAAGAAUUUGAAUCGAAAGGCCUCAAGUUUCAAAACGGAGAGGAGCAAAGACCGGCACACAGUCAAACAGAUCAUACCAUUGUUAACUCGGACCCUGCUCCUGUCAGAGAAGAUGGUUUGGAUUGCACCGCCAAGGACCAAGAUGAAAACCAACAGGAAAGUAACUCGGCUGAUGUUGAAAUGAAGGAGAGCCUUCCACCCUCUCCAGAAGAACCUCAGGAUCGGUCUGAAGAAAGUGAAGCUCAAGAAAUGGCAGAUAACCCUAACUUUGAGGAAAACCCAGUGCCAGCUGGGGAAGCAUCUCUUGAUAAAGACAUCGUGUCUAUUCCACCGUCUGUCCCAGAGGAACUCUUUGAGAUGGUCGAGAGUCUUGCGGUAAAGAAAGAAGACCGUGACGAUAGCAACUCGACUGGUUCCAGUGAUUGGAAAUCAACGUCCAAUGCUGGGGUUGUGGAAUCCAAUAAGAGCCUAACAAAACUGGGUAGAAAACUUGUUGUCAAACUAACACCUGUUCCUCUUAAAAUCACCAUAAAACGAGAUAAGAGCCAAGAACAGUCGCCUUCAGAAGACUUGCCAAAGGAGGCUCAAGAUAGCAGACGCUCUCCCAGGAUGAAGACCACACCGCUGCGCAAGUCACCAGAGGCGAAGUGCAAACGCAAACCGAGGUCAUCAAGGGCUAAAGAAGAGCGCAGCGAUGCAGUGAAGGAGCAGUGCAAUUCAGACUCGGAUGAAGUCCCUGAGGUCCUGCAGACGGCUGCCUUGAAGGCCAGCUCUGAUGAGAGCGAACCCGAGAACGCUUCUGGAAAAGGUACCAAGAAGAAGAAGGUAGCUUCCCGCUCUGCUGAGAAAGCAAAAGCAAAGCCAAAGCGUAAACUCGAUAUGGGCUCCUCGGAUUCAGAACAGAGCGGCAAGUCAUCAACAGCAAACAAAAGGAGGGCCAAAAAAAAGAAGGGCAGAGAAUCGGACUCCUCGAACCACAACUCUGAUCUUGAGAAACAGAUGAAAAGCCUGUCCAAGAUCGACAGUGGGAAAAAAACAUCCAAAGGUGUCAAAAAGGAAGCGAGUGAAUCCAGUAAAGAGGGCAAGAAAGGCCCUAAAAGGUCAUUCGAGAGGAAACGGCGGUCACAGAAAGAAAAGGCUAAAACCAAGGAGGAGUUUUCCUCCAGUGAUGAAGAGCAGGAGGAGGAGGAGCAGGCCGCUAACUCGGACGAAGACAGCGAUCAGCAGAAGAUUAAACCAAUUCUUGAGUCCGUGAUGGCUAGUAUUGAUGGUUUCCAUCAGUCAUCAGGUCAGUCGAAAAAAAGGUUGAACUAAGACCAGUUUUAUGGCAGGAAGUAUUAGCUGCCUAUUGAUCAUUGAUUUCAAAUUGGGGAAAAGAAAAUGUUAGAAGAAAAUCUACGAAAUUACUUACUGUCCCCGUAAAAUGCUGCCAUUAUUCUUGAACAGCACCUCCUGUUGGUUGGUUUAUUAGCGGCGGCUUCCAAACGGGUGGCGCUGAGGGGGACCACAUAACAAUUCUGAAAUGGAAAUGAUUAAAUACUACAAAUUCUUAAAUAAUGUACAACAUUUCUAAUAUGUUUUUUGAGAGGGUAAAUGAGGAUUAAUACAAACUUGAUCAUUAUGAAAUGUGGG